GCGGUGAGUAGCGCGACAGGUUUCUCAUCCCUACCACGCGGUAGCGAAGGAGGAUUCUACCAGGCAGUAAGUAGUGUUGGACUUUUCUCUAGCAUGACAGGAGCCGCAGCAGUCACCAUCACGGACGAGCUGUCGUCGGCCAUCACGUUUGUGAUCUAUGGCGUGAGCUCGUUCUGCAUUCUGACUGCGUAUUCGACUGUCGUCCAAAAUUUCCACGCCGCGGGGUGUCGGCAUGGCCAACUCCACCGGCGUCACUCCAAAGAGCAUGCACAAGGGGGUGCUGUACUGACGACGCCAGCGACAGAAACAGCAUUAGCGAGCCAACUAUUGCCCGCGAAAUCGGACGAUGACGGCGAUGAUGGCGACGACCAGCAGGAGGCCACCGCUCCUGUGCCGUACUGGGACUUGAUGCCAAAACACAGCGCCCUCCAGCAACAUCACAUGGGAGCUUCGACGACGAUGCCAUUGUACACAUGUGUGUGCCAACUACCUGUAGCCAUCCCAGUGCCCACGGACGGCGACGCAAUGCGCUAUCCCAAAGCAUACUCCGUGUCCGUUUCACGAGGCAUUGGGCCGACAGAUUGCAUGACCAGCACGACACGCAUGGGCUACGACGACACCGGAAACGACGAAGGGUCAAGGUGCCGAAGCGCGUCGUGUCCAGCUGCUCGCAACCCCCACUUUCGUCCCAUCAACCCACUGCCUUGCCUAACCCCGUCCUUGAGCGAAAACAAGAGCAGCCACCACAAUGCACCCUUGCCAGCUCCUGCUGCCACGACCAAGUCACCGCCACGUCCUCCUCCAUCAGUCUUGCUAGCGUUGACGGCGCAAGCAAACACCCGCGAGCGUCGACACCGCAGCCUUUUCCGGGCAAACAUUCACGUGGGGCUGGCGGUGGCUUCAGUGUCUCUUGAAGACGUAUAUAGUGUCCGCGUCGAGUUGAAGUGCCCAGACAACGCCGAGAGCCACGCUGUCGCCGCCGUCCUCUGGGGCUUCACAUGCACAAUGGCCGAAAUGAAAACGACGAGGGACCUCAUGCAAUGUGAAGUGGACGGAGCGAAGGUGCUUGGGGGGCUGGAGAUUGCAUCCAGCCGCGAUAUGCAGACAUUUUUCGACACUGUCACGAACGAACCACGGUGGGCAGAUGCCCCAAGCCUCCGCAAGCUGUGCCAAAUGUGGUGAGGGGUGAUAUCCAGUCAAUACUAAGCGCGUGGCCGUGGAAACAAAAAGUUGUUCAUACGAGAAGUGUACGAGUACUUUACUGUUAACGUUAGUAUUAUUAAUCCUACUAGGGUUAGGUACUUUGAAGUACACCAUUUUGCGUUUAAUUUCAGCUGU